CUGUGUGGCUUUUCCACAGUUUAUUGAUUGAUCUCUUCUUGCUUUGUAAAAACACACACCAUUUAUAUAUUUGAUAUUGUGUUAAUGUGUUAAUUUUAUUAACUAUUUUAGUUACAGAUAUAUAUACAGAUGGAUAUUUUUGGUCAAUAGUUCACCUACUGAGUCAUGAUUAUGAUUGAAUUACAAACUAAUACAAGGAUGAAAAUGAAUUCCACUCAGGUUUUAUAUUUCACUCUAACUGCCUACAUUGACACAGGUUCAUUGAAGUACUUCUCUUUCUUCAUCGUCCUGUUUCUGUAUGUUUUAAUCGUUGGUUCUAAUGUUCUACUGAUCAUUGUUAUCUGUGUGAACAGGAGCUUACAUGAGCCUAUGUACAUGUUUCUGUGCAGCCUGUUAGUCAAUGAACUGUACGGCAGCACAAGCUUGUUUCCCUUCAUGCUGCUUCACAUCCUCUCUGAUGUUCACAAUAUUUCUGUUCCUCUUUGUUUCCUACAGGUUUUCUGUGUUUAUAGUUAUGCAACUGUAGAGUUUACCAGCUUAGCAGUUAUGUCCUAUGACAGAUAUGUUGCUAUCUGUCAUCCUCUGCAGUAUAAUUCACUGAUGACUUCCAAGAAAAUUGCCUUCCUGGUGUCCAUUACUUGGCUUCCACCAUUUUUAGCUGCUGGGGGCGGAAUCAUUUUAGGCUCCUCUCUGCGGCUUUGUGGAAAUAUCAUGGAUACAAUUUACUGUGGUAAUUACUCCAUCAUUAAACUGGCUUGCAAAGAGCCCAGGGUCAAUAACAUCUAUGAACUUCUCAUGACUUUUCUCACAGUUUCUGUUCCUCUGCCUGUGAUUCUCUACACCUACAUGAGGAUCCUUAAGGUGUGUUUUUCUGGAUCCAAACAGACCCGACAGAAAGCUUUCAGUACCUGCAUUCCUCACCUCGCUUCGGUUAUCAAUUUCUCUUUUGGUGUUUCCUUUGAAAUCAUACAGAGCAGAUUUAACAUGACUCAUGUUCCUGGAAUGCUGAGAAUAUUUUUAGCACUUUAUUUUCUUACUGGACAGCCUCUCUUUAACCCCGUUCUAUACGGCCUGAAUAUGUCCAAAAUACGCAGCCUGUGUAAGAAGCUGGUUCUGAGAUGGGCAUCAUAAAGCUAGUUUGUUUUCAUAUAAAAAAUAAGAUUUGCAAAAUUGAUUUUUUAUUUUACAUGCGAUUGUAAUAUUUAAUUGCAAAAAGAAAUUUGGUAAGGAGUUUAAAUUCCUCUGCAAAUAUUUACUAAAAAUUAUGGAAACAAACCUUUGACCUUUUAACCUAAAUUUAUAAGCACGUACCUUAAACCGACAAAGUUUAGUAUAAUAUGUACACACAGAGUGUAUACAGAAUGAAUGUUUGAUGCAUA